AUGCUUCGUAACUAUUCAUCAAUCUUCCUGCGGAUUUUGACAUCUUCAUUUCGCAGUGUGCGUCAUGUUUAUGGCACCAACCAUAUCCAAUGCGAAUGCGACGAGCUUCUGCUCCUUCACUACCUAUCCAAUGGCUUCCAUGACGAGGCGCGAAACCUCCUCCAAAAUGCCUCCGGAGGUGACCUUCACGCGCGCGUCAUUCGCUGGACCUCGCUACUCUCCAACUUCUCCCGCCACGGUUACGUGGCCGAAGCUCGCACACUGUUCGACAUAAUGCCUAACAGAAACCUCGUCACUUGGAAUGCCAUGUUGUCCGCGUACCUCCGCUCCGGCAUGCUCGACGAGGCUUCCCGGUUCUUCGAGACCAUGCCGGAGAAGAACGUUGUUUCUUGGACCGCCAUGCUCGGUGGGUUUUCGGACGCGGGGAGGAUAGAAGAUGCGAGGAAGGUGUUCGAUGUAAUGCCUGAGAGGAAUGUUGUUUCGUGGAAUACGAUGGUGGUGGCGUUGGUUAGGAGUGGGGAUUUGGAGGAAGCCAGGAUGGUUUUUGAGGAGACUCCUUGUAAGAACGUGGUUUCGUGGAAUGCUAUGAUUGCGGGGUAUGUUGAGAGUGGGAGAAUGAAUGAGGCUAUAGAACUGUUUGAGAAGAUGGAGUUUAGGAAUGUGAUUACUUGGACUAGCAUGAUAUCUGGUUAUUGUCGUGAGGGAGAUGUGGAAGGUGCUUAUUGCUUGUUCCGGGCUAUGCCGCAGAAAAAUGUUGUUUCCUGGACUGCUAUGAUUGGUGGAUUUGCUUGGAAUGGCUUGUAUGAUAGGGCAUUGCUGCUUUUUCUUGAGAUGUUGAAAGUUUCUGAUGCCGAACCGAAUAGAGAGACCUUUGUUUCCCUUGCUUACGCUUGUGGCGGUUUGGGUUUUUCUUGCCUUGGCAAGCAGGUACAUGCUCAGCUGAUUGUUAACAGCCGGGGGAUUGAUGAUUAUGAUGGUAGGUUGCGUAGAGGUCUUGUUAGGAUGUACUCUGGGUUUGGUAUUAUGGAUUCUGCUCGCAAUUUGUAUGAAGGUAAUCUGAAAGACUGUGAUGAGCAGUGUUUCAAUUCCAUGAUAAAUGGUUAUGUUCGGGCUGGGCAGCUGUCAAGAGCUCAAGAGUUGUUUGACAUGUUACCCAUUCGGAACAAGGUUGCCGCGACUUGCAUGAUUGCUGGCUAUCUUAGUGCUGGUCAAGUACUGGAGGCUUGGAAUUUGUUUAAUGACAUGCCUGAUAGGGAUUCCAUUGCGUGGACUCAGAUGAUACAUGGGUACGUGCAGAAUGAGCUCAUUGCCGAAGCCUUCUGCUUAUUUGUUGAGAUGAUCGAUCAUGGUGUUUCUCCUUUGUGUUCUACGUAUGCUGUUCUAUUCGGAGCUAUGGGUUCAGUUGCGUAUCUUGAUCAAGGGCGGCAAUUACAUGGUAUGCAGUUCAAGACGGUGUGUGAAGAUGAUUUGAUUCUUGAGAACUCUCUAAUUGCAAUGUAUGCAAAAUGUGGGGAGAUAGAUGAUGCAAUUAGGAUAUUCUCUAACAUGACUUGCCGGGACAAAAUUUCGUGGAACUCCAUGAUCAUGGGUCUUUCAGAUCAUGGGAGGGCCAGUGAAGCUUUAGAAGUGUAUAAAACUAUGCUUGAAUUUGGGAUUUACCCAAAUGACCUUACAUUCUUGGGUGUCCUGACAGCAUGUGCUCAUGCGGGUCUUGUUGAUAAAGGGUGGGAGUUUUUUAUUGCCAUGGUUAAUGCUUAUAGUAUUCAACCUGGCAUGGAGCACUGCAUUAGUAUUAUCAAUCUUCUGGGUCGGGCAGGAAAGGUGAAGGAUGCAGAGGAGUUUGUUUUUAAGCUUCCUGUUGAACCAAAUCAUGCCGUUUGGGGGGCUCUGAUUGGAGUAUGUGGAUUGAGUAAAACUGAUAUAGAUGUUGCUAGGCGGGCAGCCAAACGACUGUUUGAGUUGGAUCCUUUAAAUGCACCAGGCCACGUGGCCCUUUGUAACAUUUUUGCCGCAAAUGAUAGGCAUAUUGAGGAGACGAGAUUAAGAGAAGAAAUGAGGUUGAAAGGUGUGAGGAAGGCACCCGGAUGUAGUUGGGUAUUGGUGAAGGGGACAGUGCAUACUUUCUUCUCAGACUAUCAAUUGCAUACGCGUUUUUAA